AUGGAACACCCUGUAUAUACCAAGACAUUUAAAUGACUCGACUAUUUCAUUUUUUUUCAUCAUUAAUCAUGAGACUAAUUGUAUUGUCACCUAAAUGUUUCCCUAUUGACAAAGAUUUUGUUUUAUUAGUGUUUAAUUUAAGUUUAUUGACAUUUAACCAAUUCAUAAUUUUUUCAAUAUCACUAUUUAACAGUUCUAAAGCAGUGUCCAAAUGUUUAUGUGAUAUACAAGUUGAGUCAUUUAUUUUAACAGUAAAUAGAUCUGAUCAAAAGAAAUGUUUUUUCCUUUAGCAUUUUUCUGGUAAAAUUAAAGUAACAAAUAUAUAAGAUAAAGAAUGCACACGUCGUAUGGUAAAAAAAUAACAGACUUUAUUGCAGGAACGAAGAGUGGUUACAAGAAAAAUAACAGAGCUGUAUCGAAAAAAAAGAAGUAAAAAGCAAAUAUUUCUUAAUGGG